AGCGCGCCACACCGCACAGCUGCUGGUUGGACAAAAACAUAUGAGACGCGUUUAUAAACUCGCAUUGAGAAAGGAUAGCACUUAAUUUAAGCUAACACGGAGUCAGAGCCAGAUCAAUUACUUUAAAGGAGCGACUACUUUGUGGACACGUGCAUUCAGUGACGGACGCUUUACUUUUGACAGGACAGAUUGUUUUUGACUGAACAGCAAAUGAUUUGCACAUUGGAACUGACAGGGUCGUUUGUAUCGGACGUCUUGUAGGACCAAAUAAAUCCCUUGUGGCUCUUUUGAUAAAGCAAUCAUGCAGUGUGCCGGGACUUUGGUGCUUCUGGGGACGCUUCUGGUCUCUGUGUUCUCAGCUGUCCACAGCAGCCCUUUGUCUUCCCUUCCACCCGCCUCGGCUCCACGAGUCUUCCUGUCCUUCAAAGAGAUGAAGUCUACUGGAACCGUCCAUUACUUUGCCUUCCUGCUCAACUCGACAGACUACAGAAUCCUGCAAAUGGAUGAGGAUCAUGAUCGCAUGUAUGUUGGCAGCAAGGACUACAUACUGUCUCUAGACCUGAAUGACAUCAACAAAGAGCCCCUAAUAAUUCAUUGGCCCGUGGCUCCUCAGAGAAGGACAGAGUGUGUCCUAUCAGGGAAAGAUAUCAAUGGUGAGUGUGGUAAUUUCAUCCGUCUAAUCGAGCCUUGGAACAGAACUCACCUGUAUGUGUGUGGAACGGGAGCGUACAACCCCAUCUGUACCUAUGUGGACAGAGGUCAAAGGCCACAGGGAUUGCUCCAAGAUCAGAUGCCUCGCAUGGGAGGCCGAACCAAUCGAGCUGCAGAUCCUAGUGCCUCACCAGAGCCAUACGCACCCAAGGAAUACAUUUUCCGAUUGGAGCCUGGUAAAGUAGAUUCUGGGAAAGGGAAAUGUCCCUACGACCCCAAACUAAACAGCGUCUCAGCCUUGAUAAAUGGCCAGCUGUAUGCCGGAGUCUACAUUGAUUUUAUGGGAACGGACUCGGCCAUCUUCCGCACGUUGGGGAAGCACACGGCUAUGAGGACAGACCAGUACAACUCCCGCUGGCUACAUGAUCCAACAUUUGUCCAUGCUCAGCUCAUUCCUGACAGUGCAGAAAAGAAUGAUGACAAGUUGUAUUUCUUCUUCCGUGAGAAGGCCUCUGAGAUGGGUCAGACUCCCAUGGCUCAGUCCCGGAUCGGCAGAAUCUGUCUGAAUGAUGAUGGAGGACACUGCUGUCUGGUGAAUAAGUGGAGCACCUUCCUGAAAGCUCGACUCAUCUGCUCGGUGUCUGGCUCAGACGGAAUUGAGACACAUUUCGAUGAGCUUCGGGACGUGUACAUCCAGAAGACACAAGACACCAAGAAUCCUGUCAUCUAUGGCGUCUUCUCCGUGUCUGGGUCAGUAUUUAAAGGUUCAGCUGUAUGUGUGUAUUCAAUGGCAGAUGUGCGCAUGGUCUUCAAUGGCCCUUUUGCUCAUAAGGAAGGGCCAAACUACCAGUGGGUGGCCUACCAGGGUAAAAUUCCUUACCCUCGGCCAGGGACAUGUCCUGGAGGGACUUUCACCCCUAACAUGAAGUCUACCAAAGAUUACCCAGACGAGGUUAUCAACUUCAUGAGGAACCAUCCCACUAUGUUCAAUGCUGUUUAUCCAGUCCACAAGCGCCCCCUAGUGGUCCGUACCAAUGUGGAUUAUGAGUUUACCACCAUCACAGUGGACCAAGUGGCUGCAGCAGACGGCAACUAUGAAGUUCUUUUCUUAGGAACAGACAGAGGAACAGUUCAAAAAGUGAUUGUCCUGCCCAGAGAUGAUCUUCAGACUGAAGAACUGGUUCUGGAGGAGGUGGAAGUCUUUAGAGUUCCAACUCCAAUAACUACUAUGAAGAUUUCCCCCAAACGACAACAGCUCUAUGUAAGUUCAGCAGCCGGUGUUACUCAUCUGGCUCUGCACAGGUGUGAUGUGUAUGGAGAGGUCUGUGCUGACUGCUGUUUGGCCAGAGACCCAUACUGUGCCUGGGAUGGCAAAUCCUGCUCUCGUUACUCCGCAAACCAAAAAAGGCGGAGUCGGAGGCAAGAUGUCAAGUAUGGCAACCCUAUCAGACAAUGCAGGGGCUACAACUCCAAUGCCAAUAAGAACACGUUGGAGACAGUUCAGUAUGGAGUAGAAGGAAGCACAGCCUUCUUGGAGUGCCAGGCCAGAACUCCUCAUGUGUCAAUCAAGUGGCAUUUCCUGAAAGAAAACAGUGAUAGGAGAAGAGAGAUCCGUUCUGAUGGCCGCGUAAUCCGCACAGAGCAGGGUCUUCUCCUGCGUUCUCUCCAGCUCUCUGAUGGAGGAGUGUACCAAUGCACCUCCACUGAGAAGAACUUCAAACACACGCUGGUCAAACUGCAUCUGGUGGUUCUCUCCGCCCGCACCGUCAACAGCAUCCUAACCGAGUCCACCGUGCCUGCUGCGCCCCCUCUCCAGUCCAGUGCCUGGACGCCCAGCGCCGAGCAGUACAAAGACCUGUUGACAAUCCUGAGCCAACCCGAGAUGGGCCUCAUCAACCAGUAUUGCCAAGACUACUGGCAGAUGGGGGACGACCCCGCCACCCAUGCCCACAAAAAGAAGGAUUUCAAGGAAGCACAGAAGGAGCUACAGAAGCCACGGAACAGGAGGCACCACCAGGAGCAGAGCAGCAUGGCUAAGACAUGAGAGGGGAAAGCAUCCAGUUCUUCUUAAAGGAGAUAUCCCCUUGCACACUUUAAAACCCUGAUUUUGAGGUUGACUCAAGGUGACUACCUUUACACAAAAAUAUUCAAGAGGUGCUUCUCUAUACUAAUUGAUGCUUCCUGGUUUCCUCACUCCUCCGUCCUCCAGCCUGUGACCCUGAAUUCUAUAGAAGUCUGCCAUCAUGACGGACAUGCGAGUUCUAUAAAUGUGUUGCGAAUAGGUAAGGACAGAGAAAAUAGGUAGCUGAGGAGCUGGAAGACAAUACACAUGGGAUAUGUUAUGCAAUUCAAUUUCACUAGUUAAAAUACAAAUUCUUGAUAUAAGCAAUGGAAUUACUACUAGUGAUAUGAUCAUUUUUCAUAUCAAUAAUUAGUUUUGCUCUAGUAAAAUGUAAAAAAAAAUUUAUAUAAUUAUUAUUAUAUAUUACUUGUUGAAAUACCCAUUCUUGAUAUAAAAAAAUGGGAAAUCAACUAGUAAAAAACAUCUAUGUUUAAAAUCCUUUUGCUGAAUUUCACAAUGAUCUUUCAUUCACUCCUGUUUAAAACACAAUUACAGAUAUCUAUAAUUAAUUUAUUACUAAUAGAAAUUCCAGUUUCACAUAUCAGCUACAGUAUGUGCAUGUACUGUUUGUACUACUUGUAACCAGGGCUUGACUUUAACUUAUUGGCUCACCGGUAACUUUGGCUAGAGGUAUUCCAAAGUCACUAGCUACUCAGCAUUUUCCCUUGCCAAAAUCCCCUGCCCCACAAUAAGUGAUAAAACUAACUGGAGACUGUAACCACAGGCACUUGUGUUGGACAUUUUAUUUGAACAAGAAUUAUAUGAGUUCAGCAAGACACAAGCCUAAUGAUUUAAGUCAUCUCUUAGAAUAUCUGAAGGCAAACAUGACCAAUUAGAACAGGAAUAGGAUAGAACAGGAAGAAAACUUUGUCUAGAAUUUGUCCAUAACUCAAGGAAGUUUAGAUAUUAACCCCUCUAAACACCUAUAACAUUUUCAAUUGUACUUGCCUAUAUGAAAGUUUACCAUUGCUCUUCCAUUUUUUAACAGUGGCAUUUGUGUUACUUCAGUAGAAUUUUAGUUUUGAUGAUGUGUAUUUUAAAAACCUUGUAAUCGACGUUGAUGCAUGAUGCACUGUUGUCUCUUUACUUCAUCAGUUUGAGAGGUUCGACAUCCUCCAUAUAUCGGGUUAAAGUAGAAGAUUCUCAGUAGAGUUGAAAUGGGUCACAUAAGGUUUGGGGUCUCCGCCGGCCACCACGAUAUUGAGUGAAGCACGACUGAAUCACGCAAGUUUCCCAGAGCUCUGCCAAUCCUAUCUCUGGAGCACGCUAAUAUGCACUGCGCCAUUUCGCACGAAAGCCCACUUCAUUCGCCCCGCACAGAUGCACGUGUAAGUUAUGAGAGGUACAUUUAGUGCUUAUAAGCUAUAAUGUUGCUUUGAUAUUUGGCGGGUUAUAUUUAUAUUUAUAAUUUUUUGAUAUCACUAAUUUCAAAUAUACAUUCCUGUUAAUUCUUGUACAUCUGUAAAUGUAUUUCAACAUGUUAGAUUUGGUAUUUCAGGUAUGUGGAAAUGGAUUUCAGAUAUCAAUAAAUGAAAGAGUAAUUAAAGAUAUCUUAAAAAGCUUUCUUACUAGUUACAAUAACAUUAUAGAUAUCUGAAAUUAGCAUUGCCACUGGUGAAAAACAAAUUAGCAAUAUCAAAAAUUAGCAUUUUUGUUAGUUGUAUUUCAAUUGUUGAUAUCAGGAAUGGACAUUUGCACUAGUAAAAAUUAUAUGAAAUAAUUAUUGAUUUAAAAAAUAUUUUUUUUUUUUUUUUACUAGCAACUAGUACAUUACUGAUAUGUUAAAUUGGAAUUUCAAUUAGUAAGAAAUGAAAUAUCUGUUUUGAACAGGAGUGAAUGAUAGAUCAUUGUGAAACUCUACUAGUGAAAAUGCAAUUACAAAUUUCAAAAAUUAUGGCUUUUACUAGUUUACUAGAUAGCAAGAAUGAGUAUUUCCACAUGAAAUGACAUUAUUUUAUUCAAUAUAAAUAUACAUUAAUUUAUACAUAUAUGAAUAAACAUUUUUACUAGUGGAAACUUAAUUACUGAUGUUAAAAAAAUAGCAUUUUCACUAAUGAAAAUUUAAGAUAUCUAUAAUAUCAUUCACAUGAUUAAAUGUCAAAAUGGCUUACAAUGAAGUUCAUCCGAAGUCAUCUAGCACAAUGAUUAUAAGUCAAGUUUUACCUUUGUGGUUUAAAUAAACCAAAUAUUUUACACUUCAACAGUGCAUCUUGCUUAAUUAAGAUUUAUUGAGAAUGUCUCAAGCUCUAACAACAUAAUUGAGCAGCUGCAACUUAAUACAGCUGUGCAAAAAUGUUGCUUUGAAGAGAUGCUUGAGUGAGCAAGGAUAUGCAUUUUACAAAUACACCUUUGAUUCCUUUGUCCUCACAUUUCAUCUUUGCAUCCUUUCCUCGUGUUUUAAGAGGGAAGAGCUAAGACGCAAGGAAAGGACAUGAGGAAGGGAAACAAGGAUGAACAAUUUUAGAAAUAAGAAGCACCCAAGGUAUACCAUAACUAUGCUGACCUGGGGGAAACAAACAACGCAUUUUUAAAAUCAAUAGUAUUUAUUGUAGGUUGUACAUAGUUAGAUUAUGUGGAUAUCUUUGUAUGGAAAUAGAACACACACACAAAAAGAAAAAAUGUUCUGUAUAGAUCUGUGCAAAUAUUUUGUUAUCAUUGUUACUUCCCUUUCAAUAUAUUUAUUACAAUGGUAUUAACUUGUCAUAAUACACUGUGUGACUGUUGUCAUGACAGAAUCUUUGGUGUAUGUACCACUAACUGGAUGAUGGACAGUCUGACUGCUCUUGACGUUUUGAUACCAGACCUAUAACGUUGAUUGCUCAAGGUUUUGCGACAGAAUUCAACGUAAAGUCGUGCAUUUAGUGGACUCUUUCAGCUGAGCACGUUCACAUUCUGCAGAUGUACAGAUCAAGCAAUCUUAGCAUUCUGUGACCUCUCAACAAUCCCUAACCCUUGAAAAGGCAAAAAGAAACACUUCAAUAUCAUUGAAAAUACUCAUCUUUUAAUCUUCUUGAUCUUCCAUAUGUUUCUAUGCUAAUGUGUAUUAAAUAUAAGUCAUGUCUGUGUGUUAAAAUAUUCAGUUGAUUUAUUAAUAACAGUGUUCUGUACAGUAUGUUCGACAUGUUUAUAUGUUUGUUUUUUCAUUUAAAUAGAUGUUGCAUGCAAAUAAUCUAAAAAAAAAAAUAUUCUAUAUUAGACUUGGGUUCAAAACCUGUCCAUCUCUUUGCAAACAGGAACUGUUUAAAGCAGCCUAUCAGGAAUAUUAUUUGUGUACCUCUCUGAAAGUUUUUAGUAAAAGCACCAAGCAAGCACCUCUUAUUAGGUGAUUUGGGCCGUAUAUAAGAGAUCAUCAUCUGGAAAUUAUCUUAAGGGGGCUCAUUUGAGUUUGCAUGAAAUGUAUUUGUACUGUACAGAUAUGUAGUUAUAUUAUGUUGCUGUGUAUAUGUCAAAGAGAGAGAGAGAGAGAGACAGAGACUGAUUUUUAAGACAAAGGACUCUGCGGAAAUAAGUGAUGGAAUCAAGCACAAUUAACUUGUAUGUGUUUCACCUCUGUUAUGUGAUUUUUGUUUUUUAACACAUAGCAAAUGGGCUGUUUGAAAUAACUGUUGUAAAUUUGUUUAAUUCAUUUGUAAAACAUUAUUCAUCACUGUGGUUUGUCCUCUUGCUUUGUCUUUUUUUAGGAUAAGCUAAUGUGAAAAAAGAUCCAGAAUUAGAUGUUAUGGGCAGUUAAAGUUAUAUUAAUGUAUUUUUUAUUUGUUUUCUUUUCCAACGUUGUCAUUAACUAAUUAAAGUUAUAUAUUUUAUAACAAAUAUAGGUUGUUCAAAAAGCGUCUCUGCAGAAAUUUUACUGUGGUAACCUAUAUUUUGUUGCAUAUUACGUGAGAUUUAGAAUCUAAAACACCAAUUAUAUUCAGAAACUGAAGAGAGGUUACAGGGAACAAGAAAGAAUUGGCUGCAAUUGAAAUGCUAGUGUAACAAAGAUAGCCCUAAAAUGUUGACUUGUAUAUUCAUUUUAUGAAUGCAUACGUUUUUAUAAUUGCGAUUAAUCGCAGAUUUUGAAAGUGCUGAAAUUUGACUAUAUAUACUUCUUUUCCUGUCAAAAUGAAUUUUUUCCAUCUCAAGAAAAAAAAACAAUAUUCAACAAUAAUGUUUUAUUAACAUUUUCCAAACUAAGACUUCCACAGUAUAAAGAUAGAAAUGCACUAAAAUAGCACCAAUUCAAGUAACAUUAAAUGUUUACCAAGUCUAUGUGGGAGUUUGACUAAUUGAAAAACUAGUCUCAAUAUGGGUUGCGUAUUCUAUGCAGUGUGAAUUAAAUCUCUUAAAUGCUCAUCCUCCACAAUAUUUAUCUGCCGAUAGACUGUGGCUGUCCGCUUUCCUACAGCAAUCAUGAAGCUGCGUUCAUGAUUUGCAUCAGAGUGUCAGUGUAAAGAUCUGCAUCCCUGCGGAACUCCCGCAGGACCGAAUAAACAGAAAAUUCUAUGUAAAAAUGUGCACACAACAAUUGCUUCAAAUGAUCCAAUAUUUAGAGCAGAAUAUAGUCAAUGGCACUCUACAACAAGAGCAGAGCAAAGUGUCAACACACUGUGUCAUCAAAGGAUGUGAAACUGGGACUGGAAAAUGGUCAAUUUAAGUGUUAAGUAACCAUCCUCAGGCAAGGCAGCUGAUAAUAGCAAUAACAACAAUAAAACGUUAUUUGUGUAUUCUUGUUGUCUAUUUGUAUGGAUUUUUCCCUAUGAAAACCAAUGCUGGGUUGCAGGAACGGGAGCAGUCGGGAAGAAAUUCACUGCGGGCAGAGAGUGGGUGAACAUGGAGUAAAAUUCAGUUGGAAAGUUCAGGUGCAGAAUAGAAACUUGCCGGAGAGGGAAGGAAAAAAAAGUCCCGCUUAGACCUCUAUGUCAAUGCCAGGGUCAAGCACCACUUUAAUCUCCACAUGAAAAGCACUUUCAGAUAAAAACAUCUCAUUCUGUGUUUUGGUGAUAGUUAAGACUUGAAGUGCUUCUAUGGUAAUACAAAUGUGCCUUACAUAGGCUGACAAAUACUUGAUUUCUUUCUCAAGUCCCAUCUGGGCUUGUUUUGUACGUCAAAUAGCAUUGAAAGGUACAUUCUCCAUCAUGUUAUCUCUAAC